AUGCCUCGAGAGUGCCGCGAGGUCGAUCGCGAGCUGAAGGCGAACUAUGGAACUCUGUUUGUGCGUAGACAGGUUCGUGAGAUUUAUUGCAAGACGGAGCAAGACUUUGCGUCUGGCAAUGAGUGGGAUGAGUAUUUGCUCUUGCGAGAGGACAUCAUCUACAAGCUCGUGAAUGGAUCCAAAGAAGAGGUACAUGACACCUGGCGCCAAAUUGAGCGCUACAAGGCGCAAAAUGCCGAAAGCAUUCGGCAGACGCAGCGCAUGCGCCCGAAGAAGGUGCUGGAAAAGGUGGCGGCUGUCAUCAAGUCCGAAGGCAACUUUGCCAGCCGGGUGAACGCAGACUGGCUGGACCGCAUGGUGCUGGCCCCCAAUCACCCUUUCCAGGCAGCUCGUGACAUCACAUGGGAGGAGCACUAUGUUCGCGGGGAUUUGGGUGGGCCGGCAGAGGUUCUGAGGCCUGGCCACAGCUGUGGCCCCUGCAUCGCCUCUCACACCUCAGCCACUGAUGGCGGGAUGCUGCUCGGCAGUGCAGUGGUGGUGGCCAGCUGUCAGGCGAAAAAAAGGCGAACCUCGGAUUGCACAGACGGCUUCAUGCCCAGGACUGUUGUGGACUUUGCAGUGUUUCCAUGCGUUGCCCGUAGGUACUGGAAGUACACCAUGUGGUGCCAAAAUGAGUCACAGGCCACGCAGUUUCAAAUGACUGCGAAUGAGCAGAAGAAGGAGAUGCUCACUGCUGACAUCGCAAAAGCCGCUGCUGCGAUCACUUCAGCAGCUCUGCACCUCGCGGACAUCGCGCAGUACGAGUCCACGGACGAAGCUGACUUAAAGGCAGCAACUUUGCUCAGGGAGAAGGAGGCCGCAGAUUUCAAGGCCCUGGAGUUGGAGCUUGUGGAAGGCAUCCGAACCACCCAGGCGGCACAAACAAAGCUGGAGCAGGACAUCGUCACAGCAGGUGGCAAUGUUGCCAAGAAGGGAGCUUUCCUGCAGACACCACCGCGGCCCAGUAAGGCAAUGGAGGCUUUCAGUGACGUUAUGGUGGAGCUCACGAAUGCAGCUGCCUUGUCAGCAGUUGAGGACAUGAAGCAGUACCCCUCCCUGCUCGAGCAGGCCGAGGCUAAACAAGUAGCCCUGGCUCAGCGCAGGGUCGACUCUCAGCUUGAGCUGGGCACAGAGCCGAAGAAGGUUGUCGCGAAUCAUGCCAGCCACCUCGGGGCAAACGAUCCGCAGGGUGAUGAGUCGACGACUUUUACCCCAAGGAUGCUUGCAACAAAAAAACGACCGUCGAUAAAGUCCGCUGGUCAGGGCAAGAAAGAAGUCCAUGAGGUUCAUGAAAACACUGCCGAGCAUCUUGAAUGGCUGAACAUGUCUUUGAAGCAUCUGUGGCCAGAGCUGAGUGAGGCUGCAUCCGCGGUUGCGUACAGCAAGAUUCUGCCAAUCCUGCGGCAGAAGCUUCUAGCAAAGGGCAAAGGGAAAAUCACCGAUGUGAAUUUCUCUAGCUUCUCACUGGGCUCUGUGCCGGUGAUCUUGGGACCAGUGCAGGUUUCGAGAAUGCCCAGAGGUUCUGUCCGUAUCCGAAUGAGAUUAGACUAUGCCUCUGACAUGAAGGUGGAAGUCAGUUUAGACAGCACGCUCGGUAAGUGGACGUUUGGCAUGAAAGACUUCAGGAUACUUGGCCAGCUUGUCCUUCGUAUUCGCCCUCACAUACCCGAUGCUCCCGGGACUGGUGGCGUGUCAAUCUUCUUCGUAGAUCCGCCAAAGGUGGACUUCAAGUUCUCGGGAGACAUGCAGAUUGGCAACUUUCCCUUUAUCAAGGAAAUUAUGCGCCAGCUCGUGGACGCAUUGGUCGCUGAUAUGUUUGUGCUGCCCAAUGUGGCAACGCAGCAUAUGAGCUUGCAUGACAUGAAGAUGUAUCCUCUCGUCAUUGCCAGUCCCGUGCCGGUUGGGAUCCUGCGUGUGACUUUGAAAGAAGCAACCUUGGACGAGAAAGCGAUCACGCUGCCGGAGGAUCAGCAGCAGAAGAGGAAGAAGAAAGCCGGAGGCGUGUUUUCUCGACUUCUGGGUCUCGGUGGCAAGGCCUUUCAAGCCGUCUCCAAUGGCUGGGAGAAUGCCGAGGAGUGGGUGGAGAGGCAAGUUGGCCAAGCUAUGGGCAUUGAGACGGCGCCAUACAUGAGGUGGAAAAUUGGGAACCAAGUUUGGCUUCCCGAUUUUCGAGUCACCGGAGAAGAGACGGAUACCUUCAAUUUCGUGAUCUAUGAUCCCGAACAGCACUUGAACGUCACCCUUUGGGAUCGUGACCUGUUGAGCCAAGAUGAUCUCAUGGGUGAGGCGCACCCUGUGGCUGCUGUCAAGGCGGUGCAUCUAUCGGAGGAUUAUGUGCCUCUCAUAUGCCCAGGGGCCGAAGAAGAGACUCGGCAAGCUGGGACCUUCAAGGCGAAGAUCGAGCUGCUGAUCACCUCGCCUGGUCAACGAAGCCGCGAUGGCUUUGUUUGUGUGGUCCGCGUGCGAGAGCUGUUGCAGGACGGUUCUCGGAUGAAGGGUCGUCGCAUCGCGUUGCGGGCAAAGCUCAAAGACGAUUCUAGCAUCACAAAGGCUGGUGCACCGAUGCUCGACAUCACUGAGACGUUGCCUGCAAAGGCCAUGCUGCAGAAAAUCAAGGACAACAUGACGGAUGCAGGCGUGGAAGCAGAUAAGAUCGAGCAGGUUUUAGAUCUGACGUCUUUGCGGGCCUGUCGAUUUGCGAUCAACAGGUCCUUGCAUUUUGUCGUCACGAACGACGACACCGAGAAAGAGGACCUCAUCCUUGAAUUAGUGGACAUGGACAAGCUGGACGAGCUCAAAAAGGAGGCUGCAAAGAAGAAAGGUGUUUUCGGAGGAAGCACGUCUCCUUCUCCUGCAUCCAACGUGGCUGCUUCUGAUGAGGGAGAGGAGGUUCUGGCGUCUUUGACAGUUCCGCUGUCUGAAGUCCUUGCUGCCGAAGGUCUUGCACUUCAAGGCCCUUUCAGAUUUGAGACUGAAAAGUUGGGAACCAUUGAAGCAAAAAUGUUCGUGGGUUUGAGUGGGCUGGAGCCGACCACGACGGACAUCAUAGAAGAAAUGACUGUGGACGACGCGAUGGCAGACAUGGAGCUCGAUGCGCAGCACGCCAGAGCAAAGGAUGCUGUUGAGAGGACACUGUUCCGAUCUUCCGCGGAUGGCAGCGAUUCUCAGAUCUUUGAGGGGCAAGGGCCUUCCGAUGAAACAUUCUGGAGCAUAAGGCUGCAAGAGAAUUUGCAGCUGCUUCGUGAUGUGGAGGCAAAAAGUCAAUCUUCUCUCGAUGCCGCGCGGGCAAAGGAGAAGCGCCACUCAGGGGACUUCCUGAAGCUCAAAAAUGCUCUCGAGGGCAAGAUCCGCGCAGUCAAGCAGGAUCUGGAGAAGACAAAAAAGGAGCUGGCCGACGCAAAGGCUGCUAAGGCCAAAGCCGAGGGUGAGCUGGCAGUGGCCGAACAGGACAUCAAAACCGGCAAGGAGUACCUGGUGCAGGUGGAGCGUGGCUGCAUGGAGAAGGCCGCACAGUUUCAGCAGCAGAAGAAGAACCGACAGGACGAGAUCAAGGCAGUCCAAGCCGCUCUCAAAGCUCUUCGAGGCAUCAUGGACACGUCUGCUGCAAAGCAGGGCCUCUUCAGCUUCUUGCAGCUUGCUUCCAGCUCCAGCCGUUCAAAGGCUUCGGGCCAGACGGUGGCAACUUUGGCAAUGAAGAGGGUGCAGCAGUUGGCAGCCAGCCUUAAGUCAAACGCCCUCGGCAAGCUGGCCUCCAAAAUGCGAGUGGUUUCACGCUACGGUGGUGGGGGCGACGUCUUCGGCAAGAUGCGGAAGCUCAUCCAGGAAGUUUUCGGCCAGUGUAAAGACAGCGUGAACAACUUCCGCAUGUUCAGCCCUUCCGUGACUUCUGCGAGUUCAAUAUGCCUUGGCGGCUCUGACUGCGGCUGUUGCACCGGAUGGCGACAUCGGCAACUCACCGGCAGCAGCAAACACGAUAUUCCCUGGACUGGCAUCUUGCAGACUCGCCCUGCCAAGCUGUGCCACUCGUUGGCAUUCGUCGCUACUGUGUAUCGGUUGCGCCGCCUUGCCAGAAUGGCCCGGCCACGGCUCACUUAUUUGGAUGCCAAGAUGCUGGCUGAGCCAAUCAGACUUGCUUUGUUUGUCGGUCAGGUGGAUUUCGAAGACAGGCGAGUGACACACCAGGAGGUGCAAGAGCUGAACCUGCAGGGGCAGCUUCCGUUCGGCCAAGUCCCUGUGCUGGAAUUGGAUGGGCAGGUUUUCGCCCAGACAGGAGCCCUGCUCCGGUGGGCUGGGAGACAGGCGAAGCUUUACCCAGAGGAGCCCUUGCUCCAGCUGCGUUGCGAUGCCGUUGAGGAAGCCUUGGCCGAUAUGAAGAAGGUACUGGGUCCCGCAUGGUACAAUUCUGUUCUGGGCCGGAAUCCGGUGACAAAGGAGCAAUUGGUCAUGCUUCCAGAGUCGAUGCGAGAAGAGGUGAUGCACGCCUUGAACAACACAGUGCUGCCGGCCCGUUUCCAGCAGCUUGAGAAGUUCCUCACCACUUCAGAGGGUCCUUACUUCUGCGGCGACAGGAUGACUAUCUGUGACCUGAGCGUGUAUGUUUAUGCGUCGGGACUCCUCGACGGAACUUACGUGACGGGCAUUGAUCCCAGCGUCAUGGACAACUGCCCAGGCUUGAAAGCUCUGGUUGAACGAGUGGGCAAUCACCCCCGUGUCAGAGAAUGGAAUGAGAGUCAUCCGUGA